UCCGCAAAACAUAACUUUUUGUUUUUAUUUUUGCUUUUUUGGUUUUAAAAAAAGAUAGCACCUUGAUAUCAGCAGCACCGGAAAAGCUUACGUUUUUCAGGGCGGCGCAUCCCGAACUUGUCUGAACAUCAUAUAGUAAACAGCUAUGAUGAGACCGGGCGUCAGCUUUUCCUUACCCGUAACGGUUGUUGUUUCCAUCAUCACUUUUGUUUACUGCUGUACCGUCUUCGUUUUCAUUCACCGCUGGUUCGGUCUAAUGACCUCCCCCGGCAUGAUUAACGCCCUCGUUUAUACCGGUAUUUCCAUCAUGUGUGUGUUCAAUUACGCCGCUGCCAUCUUCGCGGAUCCGGGUCUGGUUCCUUCUACUUACAUGCCCGACAUCGAACAUUCCAAAGUUUUUAUCCAUGAGAUCAAACGCAAGGGAGGGGACUUGAGAUAUUGCCAAAAGUGUUCUCAUUUUAAGCCUCCUCGUGCACAUCACUGCCGUAUUUGCAAGAGGUGCAUUCUGAGAAUGGAUCACCAUUGCGUUUGGAUUAAUAAUUGUGUCGGUCAUGCCAACUACAAGGCCUUCUUUGUCUUCGUUGUGUAUGCCGUAAUUGCUUGCUUCUAUUCUCUGGUUUUACUUGUUGGUAGCCUUAACAGCGAUUCCCGAAUCGACGAGCAGCAGAGAGAUUCUUUCAGAAUCAUAUAUGUUGUAUCUGGACUGUUUCUGCUCCCAUUGAGUGUGGCCUUAAGUGUUUUGCUGGGUUGGCAUAUCUACCUCAUUUUGCAAAACAAGACCACUAUUGAGUAUCAUGAAGGGGUGAGAGCUCUGUGCCUUGCAGAGAAAGGAGGAACUGUGUACCAGCAUCCAUACGAUCUCAGGGCCUAUGAAAAUCUAUCGUCGGCAUUGGGUCCAAAUAUCUUCUGCUGGAUAUGCCCCACAACGGGACACAUAGGUGACGGUCUCCACUUUCAAACGUCCUACGAUACCAUUCCCGCCGCAUCAAAAUGAAGGUCUUGAUUAUAUUUGACAGCAUGCUGGCUAAUAACAAAAGCUGUCGAUGCUCGGGGGAUUGAUGAACGCUUACUUCGUGAUCACGUACUAUAACAUCCUCAACCCGGUUUAAUCGGGAAAGAGAGACUGUGAAAUGAGUGUUUGUCGCUUUUGAAGCUGUUGCUGCGAGUAGCGAUAUGGAAAGGUCCACUGUCCAUAACCAGGCAAUGCAAGUCUCCAAAGCAAUUAGAAUUAGAAAUACGAUUUGUGGGGUUUUUGGUUUUACCUUUGUGUUUUUUUCACCCUUUUUUGAGUUUUUUUUUACUCAUUGUCCGUUAAAAUGGCAUCAU